AUGCACGGGAAGGUGUCUGAAGAGCUCACAAUUCUACUCGUGUUGCCUUCUCUCCUGCUGGUCUUGGGAAGACAGGAGGCUCCUCUCCAGGUGAGUGGGCUCCUAAACCAGUCUGUCACCUUAUCACACCAUCCGAAGCUGACAAACUCUAUCAUAAGAGUGAUCUGGGAACGGAAACGUAAUGGAGAGACCUUAUCAGUGGCAGAAUACCAGGAUCCACAUCUGUCAGUUCAGAGCAAACAGUUCACCAACCGCCUGGAAGCAUCUGAUGGGGGAACAGUAUUGAGAAUCAGAGAGCUGAGGAUGGAGGACAGUGAUGUCUAUAAGGCCUUAAUUACACGUAUUAAUGCAACUGUCAAGACGAUGUGCUUUAAUCUCACUGUCUAUGAACCUGUUCCAUUACCAGACAUAAAAACAGAAGGAGUUAUCAACAGCAAGACUUGGUGUAAUUUUACUCUUCAUUGUUCCGUUCCAAGAAACGUAUCCUCGGGGUCCCUCAGUUGGCUGUACAGAUAUAAAGGCCCUGGGUACCAGCACUAUACUGGGAGAAGCACAGUGGAGAUAUCCCUGCACAAUAGGGCAGACAAUAUGGAAUUGCUAUGUUUGGUACAAAACCCGGGAGAUAAAAAGAAUCAAAGUGUUUAUGUACAUGAUAUCUGCCAUUAUGCUGUGCCGUUAGUGGGACAUUCUGGUAAGUAGAGCU